GGCUAGACUUGAGCAAGGCAGAGAAGGCUGUGUGUGGGGCAUCCGGCGGUGCUUUGCUGGAGGUAGGUUACAGUAAGUUGACAGUUGACAGUGGUUCUACUAGCUAUCAGAAGUGGUAGGAAACAGACUAAAAACAACAGCACCUCUCCGAGCGAGCUCCAUAUGCAGUAGAUAGAGAAGGCAACAGGUCAGGGAUAACAGUGUAGGACAAUUCUUAGGUUGACUGGAGGUUAGACUGGGACCAAUAGUGCAGGUACUGCAGCCAUGCAACACCAGUCAUACCAGCCACUGCUUCUCACUGGAAACAAAUACCUGCAACAGAAGUGGGACAAGGCCUCAUAUGAAAUACAUCUGAGAAAGGUCAAAUCAGCGAAACCCACCAUCGACACAACUGCACCUAAAACCUAUGGUCAUCUUGCCCUCAAAAUGAAGAAACAGAAGCUUGAGGAGCAAAGCAUGUCCAAAAUUCAGAGGGAAAACAACAUGCUGCUUGAGAAAAUAUCUCGCAUCAUGAAGACUACUGGUCACAUCGACAACAGGAACGACUAUGAAAACAAAAGUCUCUGCAGAGAGAUGCAACAGCAAGAGUGGCUCCGUAUCACCAAAGAGAACCAGUUAAUCCUUCUUCGUCUGACCCAGUGCCAGCCUCACUACAGCAUUAAGGACUGGCAUGAGGACUGGCUCAAGACAAUCAAGAUCAUGGAGAGCAUUGCACGAUAUCCACGAAGAGUUAGUGACAAAAAGUGUAACAGCUGUUUGAAAAGACCAACUGAGUGUGAGGAGGGGGAGGAAGAACCUGAUCAACAGGAAGAGGAGGCGGGCAUGUAGGAAACACCUGAGUCACCUGACACACCAAACAAAGGUCCUACAUCUGAAAGUCCCUCAAAACCUGACCCCCCUCACACACCUGACACACUAAGCACAUCUAGCAGACCUGACUCACCAGGCAAAGACUGAGAAUAGGUUUAAGCACAAGGACAUUAUAGAGGGUUGAAGUAAUUUUCUGGCUAUUUGGUAGAUUAUUUGCAUUUGAAAAUGUAUUACUGGCUUGUAUUAAAGGAAUGUAUAACUUCUCGUAUUGGGAUCAGAU